GUGCUGCGUGGCACAAAGCUGCCCCCGCCCCGUUGCCCCCGUUGCCGUUGCUCGGGUGCUGAUUCCAGCGCUGCCGUGGGCUCCCAGGGCCGGGCAUGAAGCCGGGGGUGCACAGAGCCUGGGUGCCGCAGAGCACUCUGGAAGCCGAUUUCCCUCUGCCCCUGUGCAGUGAGCAGUAUGCGACGCUGCGGGGGCCGCGCUGCGCCCUGGUGCUGAGGCAGGCGCUGCGCUGGAACAUGACCCCCCUGGGCCGGGACGCAGUGGGGCAGAGAUGGUGGACGGAGCCGAGCUGCCAUGGGGCAGAGGACGCCUGGUCCGGCCUCACCCCCAGCACGGCCUGGCAGCGCUGGCAGCACACAUGCAGUGCUCCUGAGCGAGAGCGGCUGCCCCCGGUCUAUGACCAGCGCCUGCGGGAGGUGGCCUCCUGGGACCCCAUCGUCCCUGCUGCCUACCCGGGGCCCGGCACGCAAUGGGGAGCCUUCCUGUGGCAGGAGCGCCCCGUCCUGGGCAUGGAGUACGUGGCCACCCGCAGCCGGAGCGCCGGGGCACUGGGGGACAGCCCGGGGUACGUCCCUUUGCUGUCCUCCUGCUGCCCCCCCACCACCACCCGCGAUGUCUGCAGCUGGAGCCUGCUCCAGUACCAGCCCUCAGCCCCACAGCCCUGCUCCUCUGCCGCUGUUUUGUGGGGGAGGAGGAGGGCAGAGCUUCCUUGUGCACAGGCCAAGGAACAAAGCAGCCUUGGGGUGGGGGGGACCCUCUAACACCGAUGUCACGUGCAGCGCAGGUAGCACCAC